AUGGACCAGUUUGCAGGGCAGAUAACUCGCAAUUCUGUCGCCCAGUUAUAUAAUAACCUCUAUUUAAACCCAGCAUAUCGUGAGAUCCGACUGCUGAGUAUCGCCCCAGGUGCUUGGUCGGCAGAAAUACGGUGCAACUUAGUCAAGACUUCACUGAACAUUCGCCCAGCCUAUCGAGCCCUCUCUUACACUUGGGGUGAUGCCAGGACCACGCAGGUCGUAUCUGUCAAUGGCAAUCCAUUCCCGGUUACGCGGAACCUCGCCCGAGCUCUGCGGCGACUCCGGUAUAUUUCUGGCCAUCAAUGGUUCUGGUGGAUCGACGCCAUUUGCAUCAACCAAACCAACCUCAGUGAAAGGAGUCAGCAGGUCAGCAUAAUGCGAGACAUUUACGCUUCGUGCAUAGAAACUCUUAUAUAUCUUGGCGAGCCGCCCUCCAGCAGCGUCGAUGGAGAAAAUCUCAUCGAAGGAACGAGACCAAUCGUUUGGCAUGGCGACGUCCGUGACAAGCCAGCGUUAGAUUCGUACUGGAACGAUUUCUCCAUCGACCAAGAACAGAAAUAUCAUGUCAAAUCCAUUAAUACCAUUGACCGCACUUUUCAUGCCUUUGCUUUCCUCCGCCUACUUGCCGCGGAUUUGCACCUCACACAGCUACCCCCGUUCCAGAAAUGGGAAAAGGCGACGGAAGACCCUUACUGCAUAGCCGUCACUGAUGCUCUGAUGCAUAUUGGACAAAGUCCGUGGUGGAGGCGCGUUUGGACCGUACAGGAAACAGUCAUGCCCCCCAAAGCCAUGAUUCUGUAUGGACCGGUGGUUGUCCCGCUAUCCCUUCUGUAUUUGGCCUGGGAGCGCUUCGGGAUACACUUCAACUCAUGUUGUCUUCAUAACAAGGUGGCCAUGAAUGUUGGCCGAGGGCUAGUUGAGAUCAUGGGGCAGGAUAUGGACGAGAUCAUGACUUUGAGAGACGUCUUUGUUCGUGGCGUCAAUCACAAUUACCAUGGGAACAUCUUCCGUCUCUGCACAAAGUUUGGGGCUCGCGCGUCUACAGAUCCCGUCGACAAGGUGUACGCCUUGCUCGGUCUUGUAACUAACUGGUAUGGGCGCGAGCCAAUUUUGCCAGAUUAUACCGUCUCCGCCACCUCACUCUAUCGACGGCUGACGGUGGAUGUUCUCCUGACGGAUAUGACAUUACAUGCCAUAAUAGGCGACAUGGAAAGGAAAGACCAUCCGGAACUUCCCUCUUGGGUUAUCGAUUGGACAAACCGUAAUGUGGAGGAUGUAGACUGUGACCGAAAGCAACUCAUCAACUAUUAUCGUGCCACAGGGGAAACAAAGGCAAAUAUCCAGUUCCUUGGCUUCUCUAUGCUCCGCGUGACUGGGUUUCAAGUCGAUUGGGUUUGUGAAGUCCUGGAUCCGCUUCGUCUAAGAGCCAAGUCUAACCCACCAGACACUAUUUCAAGCGAUCAGAGAAUACUAUGCGAGUUUUACCGCCUAGCCGGGCUGCAUCAGGGACCAGAUCGGCCGUACCCAGGCGGAGGAACGUACCGAGAGGCUUUCUGGCGGGUGUUAUGCGGUGAUGGCAUGGUCCCGACGGUGGUAAAUGGCCAAGAAUCUGUUUCCAGGUCCUUUCGAAGGGCGACAUUGUCUGAUUCGGUGCACUUUGAGGACUGGGCUAUGUGUACUGUCUAUUCCCCGUUUACCGCCGAGCCCAAUGGUCUAACGGAAGAGGAAUCUGCCGCGUUCAAAAAUCUUCAAGGAUUUGGAGAGACUCGUGCUUUUCCCAAAAACGACCCUGGAAAGAGAAGUUUUCAGGGGGGCAUGACAGCUAGUGUCAGGGAUCGGAGUCUUUUCAUCACCCAGGGAGGGUUCCUAGGUAUUGGCCAUUGUCAAACGAAACCUGGGGAUGAGCUGUUUAUGCUCAUCGGUGCCAACGUGCCUUUUGCACUCCGGCCGACUGGGGAUACAACCAAUGGCUCCGAGGGAUCUGGUUUUCGGUCCGUUCAGAGAGGCAGACCCUUGCAUAAAAUCGUAGGAGAUUGUUACUUGCAUGGUCUCAUGGAUGGGCAAGCGAUGCAGGGGCAGUAUAGCUCGGUGGAUGAUGUAUACCUGGUAUAA